AUGGGAUCGGACGAUAACAAGAAGCAAACUUGUAUUCCCCCCCCCCCCCCCCCCACCCCCACCCCCCACCCCUCUCUCUCUCUCUGCUUUCAAUUUCCACAGUUCUGGCUUUUCUUUGGAGGCUGUGGACGGUUGGGUCAGGGUUUUCAAGAAUUAGGAGGAAUUUCGGUUGUUUUGGAGGAAAAUUACUCUGCUGCUUCUUAUUGGAUUUUUUGGGGAAGGAAUACACUCUGGGCAGGGAAUAGUUAUGCUAUUCUCCAAUGCUUUAUCUUCUGUUGUGGAUCCUCUAUGUCUUCCGGCAAGCCAUUGUUGUCUACCUCUGAACCGUCAUCUGGGCCAGGACUUCACCAUCGCCUGCACUCAUCACUGACAAUCGGCUCGCUGGGACGUCUGUGUGACAACACAUCGAUCUCUUCAUCUGUUACUGAUGAGACGCAAGAUAACAAUUUGUACGAUCUGAAGGAAGAAUUGGAGGAAGACUUGAAGGAGGAAUUUGAAGAAGACGUUGCCCCAUUAGGAGGUGUUUUAGGGAACCUUCGAACCAGAAAGAAGUUCAAGUCAGUUGACCUUCAUGUGCAACUCUCCCUACGCGAGAGGAAACGCCUUGUGUCAUGGGGAGGUGUGACGGAUUCGCAGAACAUUUGGACUAUGCAUGACGUUUCUGGGGCUUCAUCUCGAACCAUUUCUUCUGGGGUCCAGGAUAAUUUGAACAAGUCCCAUAGGUCUGAGAGGUUCCUUCAGAUAAGCAUGCAGCUUAAAGAAAAUUUAGCACAUCAUGAUAACACUAGGUUGAUCCAUAUAAAUGAUCCUAAGAGGACUAAUGAUACGUCUGAGUUUUCUGGAAAUGAGAUACGGACCAGUAUUGCUGCUCUGAACCAACUUCCACCUCUUGCUGUCUUUGGGAGAACAGUAUCCCUUUUCCCUCUUCUGUUUGUGCUUACCGUGACAGCUGUAAAAGAUGGUUAUGAGGAUUGGCGAAGACACAGGUCGGACAAGAAUGAGAAUAACCGGGAAGCUCUGGUUCUUCAAUUCGGCGAAUUCCAUCCAAAAAGAUGGAAAAAGAUACAGUCCGGUGAGGUAGUGAAGAUCUGUUCUGAUGAGACAAUUCCUUGUGAUAUGGUAUUGCUGAGCACAAGUGAUCCUAGUGGAAUUGCCUAUAUCCAGACAAUGAAUUUGGAUGGCGAGUCAAACUUGAAGACUAGAUAUGCCAGGCAAGAAACUAAUAAAUUAGUUCUUGAUGGGACAAUAAUAUCCGGGGUUAUAACCUGUGAACAGCCAAACAGAAAUAUAUACGAGUUCACAGCCAACUUGGAGAUAAAUGGGCAGAGGUUUCCUCUCAGCCAAUCAAACAUUAUUUUGCGUGGUUGUCAGCUUAAAAACACAGAAUGGGCGGUUGGCGUAGUAGUUUAUGCUGGACAGGAGACAAAAGCUAUGCUGAACAGUGCAAUGUCACCUGCUAAACGAAGCAGACUGGAAACCUACAUGAACCGUGAGACAUUUUGGUUGUCAGUUUUUCUUUUAAUCAUGUGCCUUGUUGUAGCUAUUGGGAUGGGUUUAUGGUUAAAUAGCCACAAGAGUCAGCUUGAUACAUUGCCUUAUUACCGAAAAAUAUACUUUGAGAAGAAGUUUGGGAAAAAGUACAAAUAUUAUGGAAUUCCAAUGGAGACUUUUUUCUCUUUUUUGAGUUCUAUCAUCGUGUUUCAAAUAAUGAUUCCGAUAUCUCUUUAUAUCACCAUGGAGCUGGUUCGGUUGGGACAAUCAUAUUUCAUGAUUGGCGACAGGCAUAUGUAUGACAGUAGCUCCGAUUCAAGAUUUCAGUGCAGAUCCUUGAAUAUUAAUGAGGAUUUGGGACAAAUACGCUAUGUAUUUUCUGAUAAGACGGGCACACUAACAGAAAACAAAAUGGAAUUCAGAAAAGCAAGUGUCUGGGGAAAGAAAUAUGGUAGCACCCUCUCUCUGGAUGGAUCAGGUGACAAAAAUAUUGGAGUGGAAGCUGUCUUGGAGGGUAGAAGAAAAUGGAAGGUCAAAUCUGAAAUUACCCCUGAUACAGAACUCCACAAAUUGUUGCAUAAUGAUUUUUCAGGAGAAGAAAGGAUUGCUGCACACAAUUUUUUUCUGACACUCGCAGCAUGUAAUACUGUUAUUCCUAUUCCUUCUCAAUGUCCAUCUUCCAGUGACACUGACAGUACAUUUGGUACCAGUUAUGGAAUCAUUGAUUAUCAGGGUGAAUCUCCUGAUGAACUGGCAUUGGUUGCUGCAGCGUCUGCCUAUGGGUAUACCCUUUUCGAGCGGACAUCUGGGCAUAUUAUGGUUGAUGUCAAUGGUGAGAAAUCAAGGUUGGAUGUUAUGGGUCUGCAUGAGUUUGAUAGCGUGCGUAAAAGAAUGUCUGUUGUUGUCAGAUUUCCAAAUGAUACUGUAAAGGUAUUGGCGAAGGGGGCUGAUUCAUCUAUGUUCAGCAUUUUAAAGACGGACCAUCCUGAUGAUAAUCAUACAAAACAUGCUACACAGAGUCAUCUGAAUGAAUAUUCAUCUGAAGGUUUGCGUACCCUAGUUGUUGCUUCUAGGGACCUUUCAGGUGAAAAACUCGUGGAAUGGCAGUGUAUGUACAAAGAUGCAAGCACAUCCCUGACGGACAGAUCUAUAAAGUUGCGUCAGACAGCAGCUCUUAUAGAAUGUGACUUGACCCUGCUUGGGGCCACUGCAAUUGAGGAUAAGUUACAAGAGGGUGUUCCAGAAGCCAUUGAGUCCCUGCGGCAAGCCGGAAUAAAGGUGUGGGUUCUUACUGGAGAUAAACAAGAGACAGCCAUUUCUAUUGGUCUUUCCUGUAAACUCUUGACUGCAGAUAUGGAACAGAUUAUUAUAAAUGGAACUUCUGAGAGUGAAUGCAGAGAACUUCUUUGUGAUGCCAAGGCCAAAUAUUGUGUAAAAUCUGCAAAUAGCAGUGACCAGAUAUCAAAAUGGAGAAAGAAUACUGAAAAUGAUUACCUUGAGAUUCCUCUUGGCACAAAGUUAUCUAGUUUGCAACAGCAGCAUGCAGAACAGGAAGAAGGAGCUUCUUUUGGACCACUAGCACUUAUAAUUGAUGGGAAUAGUCUGGUUUACAUAUUAGAGAAAGAUCUAGAGUCUGAGCUAUUCGACCUCGCAACUUCGUGCAAAGUUGUGCUUUGUUGUCGUGUAGCGCCAUUGCAAAAGGCUGGAAUUGUUGACCUGAUCAAAUGUCGCAGUGAUGACAUGACACUAGCUAUUGGUGAUGGGGCUAAUGAUGUUUCCAUGAUCCAAAUGGCGGAUGUUGGUGUUGGAAUAUGUGGCCAAGAAGGGCGUCAAGCCGUAAUGGCUUCAGAUUUUGCAAUGGGACAGUUCAGAUUUUUGAAACGAUUGCUUUUGGUGCAUGGACAUUGGAAUUAUCAACGUAUUGGUUAUCUGGUUCUUUAUAACUUCUACCGUAAUGCUGUUUUCGUGCUGAUGCUUUUCUGGUACAUUCUGUUUACAGCUUUUUCAACGACUUCUGCACUGACAGACUGGAGCAGUGUUUUUUAUUCGGUUCUAUAUACGUCACUACCUACUAUCGUUGUCGGUAUUUUGGACAAGGACUUAAGUCACAAGACAUUAUUGAACUAUCCGAAACUCUAUGCUGCAGGGCAUCGACAGGAGAGCUAUAAUAUGCCCCUCUUCUGGAUCACUAUGCUUGACAUGCUUUGGCAGAGCCUUGUUCUCUUCUACAUACCCUUGUUUACGUAUAGGGAUAGCACCAUUGACAUAUGGAGUAUGGGCAGUUUGUGGACAAUUGCAGUUGUUAUCUUAGUCAAUAUGCAUUUGGCAAUGGACAUUCAACGCUGGGUUGUUAUUACUCACAUCUCAUUAUGGGGAUCAAUAAUUAUCACAUAUGGUUGCAUGAUGGUGCUUGAUUCUAUACCCGUGUUUCCUAAUUACGGUACAAUAUACCAUCUGGCGAAGUCACCAGCUUAUUGGCUCUCCAUUUUGUUAAUAAUAGUUGUAGGAUUGCUCCCUCGUUUUGUUUUCAAAGUUUUGCAACAAAUUUUCUGGCCUUCAGAUAUCCAAAUCGCCAGAGAAGCAGAAAUACUGAGAAAAAGACUGCGUUUUUUGGGUCAAAAGACAGAUCAGCUCCCCUCUGGUUUGUCCAUAUAUUGCUUCCCUCGGUCAUUCAGGCGUAGAAGUUAUUGUGCUUCAGGUUGUCUACAUUUGCCAGCAUAUGAACAAGACUCGAAAAAUACUUGGCUUGAUAGAAAAGUGAGAGGGUGGCCGACUCCAAUCUGUGUUGAUAAAAAGAGUUGUUCCUUGGAAGUGAUCUUUGAUGCUGCUCUACCUUGUAGUGGCAUGGCUCUUGAGGCACUCAAGGUCGAGCUGUCUUUGAAUUGA